GUUGGUUGUAUAGAAAUAUAAAAAUGUAUAUAAAUUGGCUGCAUAAAAUAUGAAAUAAAUUAAUUAAAUGUUCACAUAAACGACGAACUGCACCAAUAAACGAACUAAUUUCAACAGCAAAAGAAACAAGUACACAAGGAUUUCAUCAUCGAUCAACUGAAAUAAAAGCAACAACAACAACAAAACAAAGCACCCACAACGCACGCAAAUUGUAAAUAUAAAUAGGAAUAGUCGAAACUUUAAGCAGCAACAACAACACUAUGGAACGUCAUCGGACCUUGGAUUCGUCAAUGUCAUCUUUGUAUUCCGGCUCUAAUAUAUCACAGACUCCGUCUCGUCACUAUCCUCCAUCGUCGACGGCACCAUCACCCACACCCAGUGGCCAAGGUGGAGGUGGCGGCGUCGGGCCAGCUGGUAAUCAAUUAAUGCCACAAAUAUCACAAAGUGACAGCAUCGCCAGUGGAACAUCAUCAAUGCAAGGAUUACGGGCAACAACAAUUGGCACCGUUGUGGUACGCUGUGGUCCCAUUCAGCUGGUCAUAGCUCUUUUGCAAAGCACAGAAAAAUUGUACAUAAAAGUUGUGGAAUUGGAGCCAAAGAUAACAACUUUAGGUGCUAAUCUCGAUGAAUCCUUAAGGCUACAGAACGAUCACGAUGAGACUCUUAGAAAUGUACAGAACCUACCCGGUCCCAUGGAUGAGUUUGUUCACAAAGCUGAUAAAUUGCUCGCCAGCAAACGUAUUAGCGCCGAUCUAGUCAAUGCCAUGGCCGAUACUUUGAACAUUAUCUGGGCAGAUAUUCUCCACCUGAUGCAAGACCGUCAAAAUAUUUUGCAUUUAUGUACACAAUUCCAGGACAAAAUGGCCCAGUGCCAGAGGCGUAUGGACUCGUUGGAGGUGGCGUGUAUUGACACCAUGAUACCCAUCGAGGUUACGGCUGUUCAAGAAUUCCUCAGUAAAUUCAAACAACUUCGUAUCGAUAUGUUGACCGCCGUCAUGGCAGCCCUUAAGGAUGGCAACGAAUUGUUGGCUCAAUUGCAAGAAUUGGAAAAUUUGGAAACAUUAGACACACGGCCGGAGCACAUCAAACGUGAUGCAGCACGGGCGGUACAUCAAGUCCAACAAUGGCUCGAGGCUUUACAUGAUCGUCGCAAUACUUUGGAAAUUGCUUGGCAAACGAGGAAAACACAGCUUGAACAGUGUUUGGCAUUGGCCAUGUUGGGUCGGGAACUAAUCGAAGUGGAAGCCUCCUUGCAACGUCAAAAGGAUGAAAUCUCUACUCUAUUCAGUUUGGGUGAAUGUGAACAUACCGCCAAUUUGGCCCUGCAGAAUUACAAGGAAUGGAAACAGCAGGCAAUGCAGUUGCGAGAUCGUGCUCUCAAAAUUACCCGGGCCAAGGAGAAACUACAGUCCUCGGGCACCUUUACAGGUGAUGAGGCAUGUGCAAGGGCCUACAAUGUGUUGAGUGCGUGUUCAGAGCAUUUUGAUUUAAUAGAUCAGCGUGAGCAUUGGUUACACCAAUCGCGUGAUUUUUUCUCGAAGGCUGAUAACACACUGAAGGUAUUGGAGAAACUCGAAGUGGAAUUAUCAAAUGUUAAACUGCCACCCAACACACCCGAAAGUUAUGCAAUGUAUGCCAAGGUGGCCAGGGAUGUGGCAAAAUUCACCGAGGAGCCUCUGCGUCUAGGCUAUAGCAUUUUGGACGAUGUGGGUCGCACACAGCCCGAAACUCAAGGCACCAAACGUGUACUGGAUGAAAUUGAGAAUCGUAAGGCCUAUAUCGAGGGUAUUUGUGCCAACAGCAAUGAGGAACAACAACGGGUCAAUCAGGCACUCAAGGAAUUCCUUGCCCAAUACAAUGACCUGCUGCAAUGGCUUAUGUCCUCUGGGCAACAAUACUUACAGCAAAACAUACACAUGGGCAAGACUUUGGAGCAAAGUAAACAAUUUCUGCUGCAGCAUCAUGAACUAAUGCAGGAUUUGGAGAUCAAAGGUGAACUCAUAAAUCUCCUUUUGGAAUCAAUAAAAACCCAUUUGGAAUCUUUGAGUGCCCAGCAACGCUACGAUGUGGAUUCCAAGGCGGAAUCAUUGCACAAACAUUGGAUAGAAUUGAAAGAUUUGGUACUGAAACGUGUUGACUGCGUUUCGGUCCUCAUCGAAUUCUUCGAAAAAGCCAAUGAAUUUGGCAGCCAAAUGGACAAUUUGAAACGUCAGCUGGCAUUGACGCCCAACGAGGGAAAAUUACAAUUCCUUCAGGAAACAUGGAAAAAUAUGCAAUCCGAUUUUGGAGAUUUAAAUAAUUUGGCUUCAAGAUUCCUAAACCUGAAGAUUUUGGAUCCAUAUCUCGAUACUAAACCAUCGGCAAAAGCUGUCGAAGACAUCCUCAAUGGUUUCAGUAAGCAACAGAUCGAUGUAACAACCAGUUUUGAAAAUUGGACAACCCAUAUAACGGAAAAGCGUGAAGUUGAAACUAUUUUGGAAACGAUCAUGAGUCAAAAUCAAGAGACCGCUGCUAAAACCACCAAUGUUGACACACAACUCUAUCCAAUUUUCACUUCACCCUCAGUGGAUGCCAAACAGCUGCACACUAUCACCAGUGAGAAGCUUAAACUCGUUCUGCAAGACAUCGAUCAGGCCCAAAAUGAGAUACAGGAACGCGUUCACACCACUCUCAACAUUCAAACGAAAGAUCCCGAAGCAAUGCAAAAAAUCGAACAAGUCAUUAGUAAUUUACGAACGCUAAAAUCGAAAUUGGAUGGUAUACGAUACGAUUACAAAACGCUGGUCGAAAGCAGUCUACAAUUUCUGGAGAGUGUCCAAAGAAUACAUCAGGAAAUCGCCGAUUUCUUUGCGCGACAAAAGCAGACACAACAAAACUCAAAUGAUGCCAUUGAACGUUGCAUUGCCGAACAUGAGAAAUUCCGCGACUUGACAAUGGAUUCAUUCCGAUCGUUGAUAACACAAUCGGAAAUUUUAAUAGAUCGUGUUCGGGCUCUGGAACCACCCGGUGCCAAGGAAGUGGACACGGAUCGUAUAUUGAAGCUGAUGGAAAAUCUUCGUAUGUAUUUCGAGUCAUGUAAUGGUGAGAGAAUGUCAUCGCUGGAACGUUUGGAACGGCUGGAGAAAUUCAAAUCGGAUUUGUUAGACAUCAAUCGCAGUUUGGAUAGUGUUUCACGGCAAUUGCAGGAGAUCAAUGGUCAAAAUGUUGACAGUUUGGCUGCUGCCAAGACCACAUCAUUGGCCUUUGAGUAUUUUGAACGUACCAUAGAGAGUUCAAUGCCAAAAUUUCUAAAGCCCACCCGACACGAACUGCGUUGGGGCUGCUAUUUACACACAAUGGAGUUAUUGGAAAAACGCAUUGAGAAAUUCACUGAAACCACUACACAACAGCUGCUGGUUUCGAAUCCGGAAAGUGAAGCCUAUUUCCGUGAGGAGCUUCGUAAACUUAACGAAAAGUGGCAGCAGUUCCGCGAUCAGGUGAAAACAAAACGAAAUUCUCUCAAUCAGGCCACGGAAUUCUUUGAGGUGGUUGAAAAGAUUGAUUGCGAAUAUCGUGAAAUUAACUAUUUCUAUAACAGCGUUUCGAACAAAAUCACCUAUCUUCGGGAUCCGGUGGAAGCCUCAAACCUCGUCAAUGACAUUGACAAGUAUGUCAAUGAACGUGAGGCGCCGUUACGCCAAAAGCUGGAAAGUGCUGCCAAAUGUAGCCAUGACAUGUCCAAAGUUUCCCAACUCUUCAAUGAUGUCAUGACAAUUUUCCAAUCAUUUAUGAAACUGAAAUCUGACAUUACCAUAGUUUCGGAACGUCUGAAGGGUGAAGAGCGCGCCCGAGAGCAACGUGAACGGGAGGCACGUGAACAAGCCGAACGCGAGAAGGCAAUGCGCGAGGCUGAGGCCCGUGAAAAGGCAGCUCGUGAGCAAGAGGCACGUCUGUUGGCACUCAAAGAGCAGGCAGCACGUGAACAAUUUGAACGUGAGCGUUUGGCCCUGGAAUUGGCUGCCCGUGAAAAGGCAGUUCGCGAAGAAGAGCAACGUUUGUUGUUGAUACGCGAACAAGCCGCUCGAGAGCAGGCUGCCCGAGAGCAACAGGCUCGCGAAGAAGAGCAGGCACGUUUGAGAGCCUUACGUGAUGAGGAAGCUCGUCUCCAAGCCGUUCGCGAGCAGACGUUGCGUGAACAGACCAUACGUGAACAAAAGGCCCGCGAAGAAGAGGAGACCCGUUUGCGGAAGAUUCGUGAAGAAGAAAUUCGCCUGCAAACCUUACGUGAGCAGGCUGUGCGCGAGGAAGAAGCACGCAUUCAGACAUUGCGCGAACAAACAAAACGCGAGGAGGAAGCUCGCAUGUUGGCCCUCAAGGAGCAGGUGCAACGCGAGGAAUCCAUAAAACGUCUACAAAGCAUGCACGAGCAAAUCGAUCACCAGCGCAUUGUUACCGAAAACAUACGCAAGGACAUUGAAAUCAAUCACAUCUUCACGGAAAUCAAAUACUCCUCGCCGGUCUUUGUGAAACCUCUCAAGGAUGCCGUGACCAGGGAAAAUGAUAAAUUCACCUUUGAAUGUGAAGUGACGGGCAGUCCUGAACCCACGAUUGAAUGGUACAAAGAUGGCAUUUUGAUACAAAACAACCCCGACUAUAAAACCACCUAUGACAAGGGUAUGUGCCGCCUGGUCAUAGAGGAGACAUUUGCUGCCGAUUCGGCGAGAUUUACUUGCCGCGCUUCGAAUCUGGUGGGUAAUGCCACAACCAGUGCUAAUUUGUCGGUUCGUGAAAAUGCUGCCGAGGUGCAAAUGAUACCGCCUCGCAUUGUACGCUAUUUGGCCAGUGCCAGCGCCAAAGAGGGAUCCUCAUUCGAAUUCUCGUGCAUUGUCACCGGCAAUCCCCUGCCCACGGUACAGUGGUAUAAAAAUGACAAAUGCAUUGAUGAUUGUCCCGACUAUGUGAUCAGCUACAAUAACGGCGAGGCCAAAUUGCGGUUUGAGGAGGUAUUUUUGGAAGAUGAUGCUGUUUACACCUGCAGUGCUUCGAAUCCUGCGGGAAUUGAACAUUGUUCGGCCAGUUUAAUUGUGGAACCUCUUGAACCCACAGAAGUCCCACACUUCAAAAUUCCCCUGAACAAUGCCAUGGCUCGUGUUGGCCAAAAGGUUAAAUUGGAAGCCCUGAUUGGUGGAAUACCACGUCCAGAAAUCUAUUGGCUACACAAUGGCAAACAAUAUUUCCCACGUGAUGUUAAGUAUGAAUACGGCCGCGUAACGCUCAUAAUACCCCAAGCUUAUCCAAACGACGCUGGAGUCUAUGUACUGACAGCUAAGAAUUUAGCAGGUGAAGCUUAUAGUUCGUGUAACGUAAUUGUUAAAGGACGUCUGCCAAACGAGACGUCCGAUUCGGAAAUGGCUUCGGAUAUGGAACCCGUCAAGCCAACGGUACAGUUGUCACUUAAAGAUGUCUCGAUUGUCGAGGGUAAACCAGUGCGUCUCGAUUGUAUAAUUGUGGGCCAGCCCGAGCCCGAAGUGAUUUGGUAUCACAACGAGAGGCCCAUCAAAGAAUCGGCUGAUUUGAAAUUGCUCUUCCAGGGCGACAAGUGCUCCCUCGUAAUCGAGGAGGCAUAUCAGGAUGAUGCUGGUAACUACAAGGUGGUAGCCAUUAAUUCGGCCGGCGAAGCGACAAGCAGCUGUGAGGUUAAGAUUGCUCCAUCGGCAGAAUCGGAAACAGCCUCUGUAGCUGAGUCGGAGACUAAAAAAGAAGAGGAGGUGACCAAGACCGUAACCGUUGAAAAAGAAACGGCUGCUGUUCAGGAAGUUGUGGUCGAAGAUGUGGGCGAAGACGAAGAAGAAGAUGCCCAAGAAGUAGAAGAAGAAGUGGUCGAAGAAGUUGAAGAAGAGGAGGUGGAGGAAGAGGAAGAACAAUUCCUGGAAUUUGUGAAACAAAUUCAAGAUCAGACGGCCGAACUUGGUGAAACUGUCAAGUUAGAAGUUGUCGUCAAGGCCAAACCCCAGGCCAAUGUUGAAUGGGCCUUGAAUGGUACAGCCAUUAAGGGUGACGAAGAAAACUUUGCCCUCUCCUCCAGUGGAGACAAUUUCUCACUUACCAUCAAGAAAAUGAGCACCUCCACAGCAGGUAAGGUGGAGGUGACCGCCAGGAAUCCCGUGGGUGUUGCAAAGACCGUCGCUUUCUUGGGUUUGUCCACUUCCGAAUUGGAUCUCGAAGACAUGACCGAUGACGACAGUGUGGCCCAAAGUCUUACUCAAGAUAAUUCCGGCUCUGCUUCGGUGACAAUUGAAAAGAAGACUGUCACCAGCACCACAACUCAAUCUGUGGAAAGAUCUUCCAAUGCCGAACCUCAGCCAACUGAGACGGUGGAUGCGGCACCCAAGAAAGAGGUUCUGUUGCUGGAAACCACCGUCACUGGUGCUCCAGCUCCAGUCCAUGAUCCUGCGGUUCCCUCCAGCCCCUCCAGCACCCGCAAACCUUAUGCCCCUCGCUUUACCACCCCCUUGGCCGGUAAGAUUGUGGAUCAAGGUGCUGAUGUCAGCAUGGAAGCCGUCAUCGAUGGCUUCCCCUCGCCCGACAUCAAGGUCGAAAAGAAUGGCUACGAUUUGCCCCAGAACGGUCGCAUAACCGUCGAAAAGAACAGCAACCAUGUCACCAUUGACUUUAAGGAUGUUAAUCACUCGGAUGCUGGCCGCUAUGCCGUCACCGCCAGUAAUGUGGCUGGCCAGGCAACAAGCACAGCCGAUUUGAUUGUCAAAAAAACCAUCUUCCCACCUGUCUUCGGCAAGCGUUUGCAAGCCCAAGUCAUGAAGAAGAAUGAAAAAAUUGUCAUGGAAGUCGAGGUUACUGGUUUACCCGCGCCAUCGGUCGUCUGGAUGAAAGACGACAAACCGUUGGCUGAGGCAGGUCUAUCGCAACAUAGACUCCUUGAAAAUGGCAAUAGCCAUACAUUGAUCAUUGAAAGGGGCCAAAUUAGCGAUUCUGGCAAGUACAUGGUCAAAGCAACCAAUGCUGCUGGCGAAGCCAAGAGCAUAGCGGACUGUGCUGUUCUGGAACCGACGCCAGAACGCAUGCAAGAGGUGGUCAAGACAGUCGUCUAUGAGAGACCCGAUGCAUUCACCACUGAAUUUAACAAGGAACCCAUGUCGUUUGAGUCCCAAAAAAUCGAAAGCCAAAAAUCAAGCGACCGCCAUGGCUUAUCCGAGUCCAAAAUUAUAACUGAGCAUCGUUGCACCACCGAGGCAACAAUGCGUCUAGAACAUAAGCCCAAUUACUCCGAUUUGCCUGAUCGCCUGACCAGACCUAAUGUGGAUGUAACCGAUCACAGUAGUCGACUGCCAGCAACUAAUCCACUGGGUAGUGCGGUGCCACCACCACAUUUCGGUGUGGCCACUCCCUUCCAUCCAUCGGCGCCGGCAGCUGUGGCGGCCGCCGUGGCCAAACCCCAUGUCACCUUUGUGGAUCCAAAUGACACCGAACCCCAGUCCAUCAUUGAUAGCGAGGAAAAGAAGACCUCAUCCUUUGAAUAUUUCAAGAAGAUCGAUAAGGUCAUACAAAGUGGCGCUCCCACCGACUCCCCGUACCAGAAACCCGAAUCUCAGCCCGUAUCCCUUACCAAUGGCGAAGAAUCUGUCGAAGACCGCACCUUGAGACGUGGUUCACCACCUCAAAUGUGUUUUGUUCCCAAUACCGAAAACCAAACGAAACCCAAAAAUCCUCCAAUUAAUGAAAGAAUCAAAUUGUUGGAAGAAAUGCCCGCCAACACCAAAGAACCACCUCAUGGUGGUGUACCGAUAUUCCCACCCAAACCUGGUACCCCCAAACCUUCGCUGGAAGGUUUACGCAUGGAGAAAUUAUGGAGCCCCAGUGCCACACAUGCCACCGGCUUGGGUGGUAGCAAUCACGAUCUAAGUGCUCCCUCUCUCGUCAAGCAGGCCGCCAGGGGAGCUAGUCGCCCCAAGACGCCAAUUGAAGACAUCGAUUUACAACCCGGUACUCCACCAGAAAUGUGCUUUGCCCCCAAGGGUCCCCAAGUACAGCAACGCCAAUCCAUUGUUGAGACCAUGGAAAAGAUAAUCGAAGAGAAGCUGAUACAAUCGCGGCCCUCCAAUGUCUUGCCACAGUCCGUGCCCACCGUGCUACCCCUAACGCCUACCGACACACCACAGCAAGCACCGAUCUAUAAACCUCCCCCGCCAGUCGUUCCCCAUAAAUUGCAAACGCCCAAUGAAAGCGAUUACGAAAGUGAUCGCUGGAAAUGCAGUGGCAGUGAAUCGGAUGAGAAUACAUUACGCACUACAUUCAAAUCGUUCCAGGCCCCCGUUCACAAGACCAAUGGUUACGCGGCCGACACCGAGGACAAACAGGAAUCCUAUUCAGCGACAGAGAAUCGUUAUCACCAUGAAGAUAAGGGUUACUCUGUAACGUCCAUGACCAAAAAUGUCUCCUACAACAUGUCAUCGACCAGUGGAGGACCCAAACCUUUUGGGGCCGAACCAGCCACGCAACAACCCGCUGGCUAUAGGCCCGUUGCACCACCAAGCCCAGUACCGGCCCAACGCAAAACCCCAGCUGCUGAAUACAGCGACUAUUGCAGCGAAGUUGAUGAACGUUUCCGUUCGGUUUCACGUGCUUCCGAUAAUGAAAUCAAGGGUUACCGUGUGGUCUAUCCACCCACUCCCAAGCCAACCAUCAACGGCCAUAAAUCUCCUGUUGUGGUGGUGACACCAUCACCCAUGGAAUUUGAACCAACUCCACCCACAACGGGCCCAUCUUAUGCAGCUAAGCCCAAGUUCGAGCAACCUCGCCAAUUUGGUGGCUAUCAGGCUCCCAAGACCCAAUUUACCCCAGCCCAAAAUCAACAGGUCUUCAAGCCCAAACCAGUGGCUGCCAAAUUCUUGGCUGCUGCCGCCCAACAACAGCAGCAAUUCGCUCCACCACCACAACCCAUACCCAGAGAUUUCCAUCAACAACAACCACGUGGUGUGGCUCCACAACCGGGCAUGUAUUACAAUGCUGUAGCUGGCUCUCCCAUGCAUAUGCCCCAUAUGGCCACCGAGACCAAGAAUUCCAUGCAAAUGAAGGAGUCCUCCGAGUCGUGCCAACGUGUUGUCAACAUGCAACAAACUCAGCGAGUUAUGCACUAUGACAACCAGAACUACAACAAUACCAACAACAAUUUGGGAUACCAAUACCAACAACCCAUGGAACAAUUCCCACCAUACAGCCCCACACCCUCGCCACGUGCCACUCCCGGACGCCAACGUGUACCACCACCAGCUACACCCACUAAAUUCGUGCCAGGCAAAUUCCACGAUAGCGGCUAUUCGAACGAAAUCGACAAGGUACGCAUUGCUCCUCUCUGGACUCCAAUGGGACCCUCAGGACCUUUGCGCUACCGUCACGUGGAGGCACCCAAGUCACGCUCCACCAGUUUGCCUCGCUCCUAUGAACGUGUACUCUCACCCAUGGAAUUCGACAGGGGACCAGAAAUGCCCACCAAAAUCCGCGUUGAUGUUGAGACCAUUCGCCGCGAUCGUGCCAACAACAUUGGCCAACAGAAUCGCACUCAAUCCUUGAACCGCAACUCGUCGAUGCGUUCAAAUCAGCAAUACUAUCAAACGAACUCUUACGACCAGGGUGGACUGCCACAGACAUAUCCCCGUGAUGGUGGCUACAAUGCCGCCAACAGCUGGCAAUCCCAAGCCGAACACCAGGCCAAGAGCAUGAGCUCAUCGUUCAUGCAGAAAACUCAGAAAUUCAGCGAAAACAUCAAAGAAGACAUGCACAAGUACAGCAGCAGCAGCACCAAUACAUCGAACCUAGUCAAUGGAUCUGGCUCACCAAUGGGCUUCCGUCCCGGUUUCCAGAGGGCACCCAGUGAAGGUGACAACAGGCCACAAGCUUAUCACGAUGAAUCUCGGGUAUCUCAAUACGGUACCAAAUGUGUUGAUCCCAAUACUGGGUUGGUUUAUUUUAAAUAUGAUUUUGGUUAUGAAUUUGGUAUUCUAUUUCCCGGCGAGGGUCACAAAUUUGUGGCCAGUCAAUGGAAUAAAUCAACUCUACCGACCAGCCACAAACAAAAUUUUCCCAAAGUAACUGGACGCAAAAAUCUCUACCCCUUGGCUGGAGGACGGGACUUAGUAAUACCCGUACAACAUGAACGCACUCAUAUCACACCAUCUCCUGUAAAUGGCGGCUACUAUUCGGAUACAGAUGCUGCUGCCGGCCAUUACAGGGGUGGUUCGUCGUAUAGAUCGAUAACACCAAAUCUAACGAGUCCAUCGCCAUCGUUUGCCACGAAUAGACUAAAGAAACGUUAUAGCUUACCGAAUACCCAGGCAAUCGACAUAAACAUUGAUCGUUUGCACAGUGGGGAUUCGUUAAAUAAUCUAUCUAGUUUACCAUUAACAGGACAACAAGGUUAUCCUCAAGAUGUACCAGUAAAUUACAGCCGCGAAGAAUUUGUUCCCAUUGCUCCAAUCUUUAUUACGCCCUUGAAAGAUCACGCUGUAGCCAUUGGACAAACUGCACGUUUUGAGUGCAUUGUUCAAUCGCAUCCUACACCAUCGGUAACAUGGACUAGGAAUGGUUACAAUUUGGAAUGCAGUCCCAAACACAUUGUUGAAUAUCGUAAUGGUGUAUGUCGUCUCACCAUACCCCAGGCAUAUCCAGAGGAUGCUGGUACCUAUUCAUGCACUGCUGCUAAUCCUUUGGGCGUUGCCACAUCGAACGCCAAAUUGGAAGUCAAUAAUCAAUACAAGGCUGUCCACAUUUUCAAAUAGAUUUAAGUUCAUUCAGUGUUUUUGUAUAAUUAUUUAUGCCAUGAUUAUGAAGAUACAACUACUACUACCACUACUCUUACAAUUAUUCUACUCAUACUACUAUGAUAUGAUAUCUAAGGAUCGAUGUUGUUGUAGAUCUGUGUACACACAUUGGGGAGUCGCUAUAGCCAACAGGAGGAAAUUACGAAUACUUUUAAACAAACGAUCGGAUGAAUCCCAUUUGCUUUUUGACAUUUGUAUUGAAUUAUGUUUGUCUUUACGUGUUACACAUACGUUUACAUAUUUAUAUUAUUUAAAUUACUUAAAUUAUUAUUAUCACUAUUCUCCAUAUAAAUUUGUAUCACUAAUAUUGUUAUCGAUUUA